AUGUAUUCUCCAAAGAGAGAAAAACCGAUAUAUGGUUCGUUCGACAACAGAGAAGCCAUCGAUAAGGUGAUAGUAAAUUCUGGAAUACAAUUAUCACAAAAGGUACCCUACAAUAUUGGCUUCCCACCGCUGUUAAGAG